GGCCGGGCCGCGGCGCACAUGUUUCUAACCCGUUUCCACCCGAGAGGAGAGGACGCUGUUGGCUGGCGAGGUGCCAGGAAAAUCCCCGGAGAAGAAGUCCAUUAGUUUACAGCCUCUUUUUGUAGUCGUUUGUAUCCAAGGCCAAAGCUGAGAUGGGUAAGAAACAGGUGAACAAGUCCAAAAAGGAGGUUGAGGAGCCAGAGGAGUUUGUGGUAGAGAAAGUGCUUGACCAGCGGGUGGUGAAUGGCAAAGUUGAAUUUUUCCUUAAGUGGAAAGGUUUUCCUGAUUCUGAUAACACAUGGGAGCCUGAAGAGAAUCUUGAUUGCCCUGAGUUGAUCUCUGCAUUCCUGACAUCACAAAAAGGUGUGGUUGAGAAACCAGACUCCAAUAAGAGGAAGUCCUCUACAGAUGAACCAGAGACAGAGGAGAACAGUGCCAAGAGGAAGAAGGAAAUGAGUGAAAAACCAAGAGGGUUUGCUAGGAAUCUGGAACCAGAGCGGAUCAUAGGAGCAACAGAUAGCAGUGGGGAGCUCAUGUUCCUGAUGAAAUGGAAGGAUUCGGAUGAGGCAGACCUGGUGCCAGCACGAGAGGCUAACACCCGCUGCCCACAGGUAGUUAUUGCCUUCUAUGAAGAGAGACUGACCUGGCACUCCUGCCCAGAGGAUGAGCAGCAAUAGAGUUUUCCUAUACUACAUCUCCUUAGCCGCAACACGUUUAAGCUCUCUCUGGCUGACCCACCCUGUUCAUCUCAGGGCCUCACCUGUGUUGAAUGCUUUCCUACCCUGGCUUUGUGCUGCACUGUGGACAGCAUUGAUCAAUGGUGCGUGUGUUUUAGUGUCUGGAUUGGGCUGAAAGACUGGUAAAAGGAGGGUUGUUUUUGUUUUUAAACUGAAAAAAACUUUAAAAAAUUGUUGCGAAUAUGACAGUGCUGGUUGCCAUUGGUGAUGCACUGGAUUUUUUUUUUUUUCCUGUUAAUGUCUUUGUUUAGCUGUAGUCUUCCAGUUGACCCUCGCCUUUGUGCAUCCUUCUCUUGUGAUGUUCAGCUUUUAAUGUAAAGAACCCAUGAUACUAUUAGAUGAUUUUAUUUUCCACUGCAUCUUUUGGUUCAUACUUGGUUUUGAAUAGCUGUUGUGUAUAUUUUUUU